AUGAGGCCCCUGACCCACGUCGCGGAUGGCCGGGCUGGCAGCGACGACGUGUUACCAUCCAGCGAGCCAGCGUUUCCCAUGAGCUUCUGCUUCACGACAGAGGCUACGCUGGAUUCUGCCCAGGACAAUGUUGCUGUAGAGCCGCCAAGAUUCUACAACUCCCUUCGGAGGAAGCGCAGCCCCGGGGCAUUCGCUCGUUCCCCACGCGACCGGCAAGCUUCGCCCUCCCCAACGAUAGAGAGCCUCGCAUCGUUCUCAUCUUCCGCCCUCGAUCUAGAUUUAGAGACCGUGUCGUCUCAUACUCACUCUCAACAUGUGACGACGGAUCUUUCACCCCCGAUGUCUGGAAUGAGUAGUUCCCCGUCAUCCAGAAGAGAUUCGUCCACUGCAUCGUCGCCUCGGCGUCUGCGCCGUUCAGAUGCACCGAGCUGUGACAGUCGUUUACGAGCCGAAGGCGCGCCGCAGCUUAUCAUGCCAAGUGUUGUUGUUCCCCAGCGGCGCCCCUUCUCGGAGGCUGGCAAGUCGUUAGGGAAGCUCAAGAUACUUAUAGCAGGUCAACAAGGAGUGGGCAAGACAUCCUUGGUCCAAUCCAUCGCCCAGUGCUGCCAACAUAUUGUUCAUGUCGAUAACGCUAUCUCGCCGGGGCCGGAUUCGAUGAACGAACUAUAUGCCAGCACACGGCCAUUGCCGUGGUGGAGAACGAGCGUGGAUUCCGCGUCAACCGCUGGCCAGAGGAGAUAUUCGACAAGCGAAAUAUUAGAUAGAAACGUUUGCUUCGUUGUUCGUUCGGGAUAUCAGCCUCAUUAUCCGGAAACCAGCGAGAUCGGCUAUGUUGACUCCCAACUAUCGCCCCUGUUAGAAAAACCCAUGGGAGAUACGGACCUCGAGUACCUUCUAAGCAGUGGGGGAGAAGGUAUUGUCGACAUCGUAUUAUAUAUGAUACCUAGAACAGGACUUGCACCCGCCGAUAUCCGAAGCAUUAAGGUGCUUGAAAAGAAGACUAAUGUAAUCCCUGUUUUGGCACGUUGCGACGAGCUUGAUGCAGGAGAAAUUUUGAGAAUCAAGGAUCAUAUUAGACAAGAUUUCGUCGACAACGACCUUGAAUGCUUUUCUUUCGAUCCCUCAACAUCCGGUUCAGCAGAAGCCAGUACCAUGAAUGUGUACGCCGUAUCAAGUGUGACACGGCCAGACUACGACACGAUGGAUGCAAGCAUUCUCAUGAAUUCUGGAUAUGCACAGCCUCUCGUGCCUACCGACCUGGAACAGCUUGUGGAGAGACUGUUCUCCACGGAUGGUUGUGCAUGGGUCCGACAUGCUGCAGCGUCUAAAUGUGUCCAGUGGCGACAAUCCCAAGAGCGACAACUAUAUCCCACUCCAGAUUGGGCGUUAACUAUUCGCCGCCCAAUGGACUCCGCUCUCAGCCCUGUCCUAACUCUCAAUCCAUUUGUUAGGACGCAGUACUGGGAUCGAUUGGAAUUUACGAACUGGGCCCAGAGCUUAAGGCGUAGCUUGGAAGCAGAACAGUAUCUUCACGUCGCAGCACAAAGAAUGAGCCUGGAAUCGACUCUGCGCGCCCAGCAAUGUGAUUUAGUCCAGCAUAGCUCCAGGCGGAAAUCCUCGAGACGAAGGAGAAGAGCGAAGCCUGAAUCGCCUUUGGUUCACCAAGAUCCGUUGGGUCUCUUGCAGGUGGCGAGCCGGCUCAGGCGCAACGGCGGCUUCGCGGUUGAGCUUCUGAGUAGUUUUGGUGUUAUAGGAUGCGUAGCAGCAUGGGUUGCGAGUUUUGAGGAGCCGGGACGUGUAGGGCUGCCUAGGGUACCCAUGGGCGCUCUACGGUUGUAUGUGCCUCUAUGA